CAAUCAGCGACCGUCUUCAAAUGUGACUUCAGCUUCCUAGUGUGGUUGCAGUGUACCCAUGUGGGUUCAAUGUUGACUUGCUGCCUUAGAAAGUUGAGGAGUUAAAUCUUGUCUACAGUUAUAGUUUUUCUUUGAAACGUCGCUUGACGCGUUUCACCAUGUCUUCGUCUUUCUUUAUAAAGAAAAAUGAAAACCCCAAAUUAGCCAAAAAGGGGAAAAAUACAGCGCCGUUAAAACGAAAGAGUGAUGGAGACUCGGGUGGAAAGAACAAACUACGGGCGAAGAAGCCCAGCUCCAAACACAACGAAGAGAUCUCCAGCGAUUCUGAGACGGAGAGUCCUGUAGUGCCCAGGAAAAGACAGUCCAAUGAAGACAUUGAUUAUGACGAAACACCACAGGAGAAGAAGCUUCGAUUAGCCAAACUUUACCUCCACCAGCUGCAAGAAGAAGAGGAAGAAAAAGCAGAAGAAGAGUCCUUUGAGACUGAUCUGAUUGCUGGAAGACUUCAAGAAGAAGUGCUUGAACAAAAAGGAAAGCUUCAGCGACUUAUUGCCAAAGAUCUCAUGCCACCGGAUGCUUCAGAGAUCAGGGUGUUAAGAGGACACAAACUUCCAAUCACUUGUCUGGUCAUUAGCUCCGAUGACAAGUACAUCUUUUCUGCUGCCAAAGACUGCUCCAUCAUUAAAUGGGAUGUUGAGAGCGGGAAGAAACUGCACACAAUACCUGGUGGAAGGAAAGGAACAGAGGAUCGGCAUGUUGGACACACGGCUCAUAUCCUGUGUAUGUCCAUAGCAUCAGAUGGAAAGUACUUGGCCACUGGAGACAUGAACAAACUGAUCAUGAUCUGGGAGGCAGAAACAUGUAAACAUGUAUAUAAAUUCACAGGACACAAAGGCCCCGUGUCGGGUCUUUCCUUCAGGAAGGGAACUCACGAUCUGUACAGUGCCUCUCAUGAUCGCUCGAUAAAGGUGUGGAACGUGGACGAGAAUGCAUACGUGGAAACUCUCUUUGGGCAUCAGGACGCCAUCACAGGACUGGACUGUCUGAGCCGUGAGCGCUGUGUGACGGCGGGAGGAAGGGACCGCUCGGUGAGGGUGUGGAAGAUCGCAGAGGAGUCUCAGCUGGUGUUCCACGGCCACGAGGGUUCAAUCGAUUGUAUCCAGCUCAUAAACGAGGAGCACAUGAUAACAGGAGCCGAUGACGGCUCCGUGGCUCUGUGGAGUGUCAACAAGAAGAAGCCCCUCAGCACAGUGAAGCAGGCGCACGGUUGCCAUGGCGACGCGGGGCUGGAGCAGCCUCAUUGGGUCGCUUCGGUGGCGGCGCUUCAGAACUCAGAUACCGUCGCCUCAGGUGCCUCUGGCUGUUCACACAACUCACAUGUGCAACUGUGGAAGUGUGGCCAGCAUUUCCGUGGGCUGGAGCGUCUGUUCAGCGUUCCAGUGCCCGGGUUUAUCAACAGUCUGAAGUUUUCCAGCUCCGGUCAGUUCCUGGUGGCAGGAGUUGGACAGGAGCACAGGUUGGGCCGAUGGUGGAGACUAAAAGAGGCCAAGAACGGGAUCUAUAUUAUUCCUCUUAAAAGGAAACCUCCAAACCCAGAGGAAGCCAAGAAGACUGAAUAGUGGACUUUAUUUUGUAAAUUAAAGGUUUAGAAAAAUACCCAUUUCUUAUGUAUAUCAUCCUUUUGAGGGGAAAAAAUGAAUUCUAUAAACUCUUUUGUUUGUA